AUGGCCUGCUCCACGCUGCUUGCAUUCAUCUUGCUGGUCUCAAUCUUCCAUGUUUCGGAAGCUGAAUUUGUCGACAAAACCACCAUUCUCUUCUCUAAAAAUGGCUCCACAUCCUGGAAGAACAACAAUGACUCCAUCCCUUCAGUGGAGUUCAUCGAUGGCACGACGGUCCGGCUUAUACUUCUAUAUGGUCCUGGUGGUGUUCCCAAGGUAGAGAGGAUUCUUGGCCAUGGUUGUGGAUUUGUUUGCAGUCCAUCAUGGAAUGGUUUAUGCCAGUUUGCUGUUGUUCUUGUGGAAAGCUCGGACUCGGAACUGGUAAACAUAAGGACGCCGCACCAGAUAAUAUGGUCGGCUAACCGUGACAAUCUUGUUGGAGAAAAUGCCACCUUGGAAUUCAUCAAUGGGAGCUUGAUCUUGAAGAACUCCAAUGGAAAUGGUGUUUGGUCUAGCAAAACAUCUUCCCUGAAUGUUGUUGGUAUGAAGGUUGCUGAUUAUGGUCCUAAUCUUGUUCUCUUCAACAAACAAAACAAAUCAGUUUGGGAAACAUUCAAUCAUCCAACAGAUACUCUGCUCUCGAGUCAAUUUCUUAGGAAAGGCCAGAGCUUAACAUCAAGUCCAAAUUUCAUUAACUCAAGCACUGGUUUGUUCUCUCUAUCCAUAAAUCAUAAUUUGCUCACUGCUUAUGUGCAUGCAGAGGCACCAAUCCCUUACUUGGUUUUAGGGGACUUCAGUAAUCAAUCAACACCUGAGGACUCACUCAGCUUUGUGACAUUGCAGAAUGGGCAUUUGGUAUUGGGAUUUAAGAUAUGGAAAGAGGUUUAUUGUGUUGCAUUAGAUGAAACAAAGUGGCUGCCAGCCUCUGACUUCAUGAGGUUGGAUUCUGAUGGUAGUUUAAGGAUUUAUAGUUGGCAAUGGUUGCAAGGUUGGAUGGUUGUCUAUGAUUUCAUGGAGAGUAGAGAUCCCUGCCAGUUGCCUCUUCGUUGCGGCAACUAUGGUGUUUGCCGGAAAGGGCAAUGCUCUUGUCCAAAAUCACUGGACGGGGGUGCUUACUUCUCUCCUUAUGAUGAUCAGUUUCCUCAACUUGGUUGUGCUCAGGUUGGUAUCUUCACCGAUAAUUUCAAACUUGUGGACUUUGGUAGUCUUAGUUAUUUCGCUUAUUCAGACCCUGAGUCUGCGGUUCACGGCAUUCAGAAGUUGGAUGAUUGCAAGGAAGCUUGCCUGAGAAAUUCCAGUUGUGAAGCUGUUUUUUUCUUAUACAGUGACAGUGAUGUAUUUAAUGGUUUGUGUUAUUUACCAUCCAUUGUAUUGUCAAUCCAAGCAGAGCCAGUAGAAGAUCCUAAGGGAGCUAGCUUUGUAGUAGCACCGGCACCAGCCUCAGAUUCUUCAUUGGCAAUUUUGUCUUCAAGGACAUCGGCAUCGUAUUUGAAGGUGAGAGUUGCUCUGAGUGGCUCACCUGGUCCUUCUUCCACUGCUGUUCCUCCUUCACUUCCUACUCUCCCAUCAAGUAUGCCAGUGAGAUUUUCUUACAAAGAGCUUUGCAUCGCCACGGCAGAGUUCUCGCAAACGAUUGGGAGAGGUGGCUUUGGCACUGUGUUCAGAGGUGUUCUGAAUGAUGGAACACUGGUUGCUGUUAAAAGACUUGAAAGAGAUGGCCAAGGAAUGGAUGAGUUUUUAGCAGAGGUUAAGACAAUUGGAAGCAUUCAUCACAUCAAUUUGGUGCAACUGAUUGGCUUUUGUGCUGAGAAAUCUCACAGGCUUUUAGUGUAUGAGUUCAUGACAAAUGGCUCACUAGAUACUUGGAUUUUUGGUAAAAGAAAACAAGAAAUUGAUUGGAUAACAAAGGUGAAAAUCAUUACUGGCAUUGCCAAAGGAUUGGCUUAUCUCCAUGAAGAAUGCAGGCAAAAGAUUGCACAUUUAGAUGUGAAGCCGCAUAAUGUACUUCUCGACGACAAAUUCAAUGCGAAGGUUUCCGAUUUUGGAUUGGCAAAGGUUAUUGAUAGAGAUCGAAGCCAAAUCACCGCAACAGUGAGAGGAACUCUUGGGUACUUGGCUCCAGAAUGGCAGCAUUCAGAGCACAUCACAGUGAAAGCUGACAUAUAUAGCUUCGGCAUUGUCUUGCUUGAAAUCCUUUGUUGCAGGAAAAACUUGGACUAUGGUCAGAAUGAUUCACGCAUUCGAUUACUGAGCUUGUUGAAGAGAAAAGCCGAUGAGAAUCAACUCAUUAGCAUUGUUCACUGGCCGAAAAGAGAAUUUUAUUGCGAUGAAGAAGAAGAAGAAGAAGAAGAAGAAGAAGAGGAAGCAUUGAAGCUCAUUAGACUUGGGCUUUGGUGUUUGAAUGAUGAUUAUAAGAAGAGGCCAUCUAUGUCUACAGUGGUGAAGUUCUUGGAAGGAGCUGUGGAAUUGGAUGAUCAAAUGAGCUUUAGUUUAUUACAAACCAUGGUUCCUUCAAUUUUAUACUAA